GUGCUUGAAGGUAACUCCCUAAACAGUAAUAUUUGGUAGCUGCUGGGGAAAGGUUGUGUCGUUCCCAUUUAGUGCAAGAUGGCAUUCUUGGAAGGAAUGCGUAUUUUUCGCUCGUUAACACGAGGAAAAAUAUUUCAAAAAGAAUUAAAAAAGGCUAAUCUACAAAAGGAAACAGGCCCUUUGGCUCUUGUUGAAACGAGAAGCGUAAAAUCACCACAAACAGAAUAUGCGAGUGUUUUGAAAGAAUUGACAAGCAGUGAGCUGAAAUACGUAUUGGAACUAAGAAGAAUUUAUAACGAAAUUAUACUUCCCAUCAAGAGCAAAAACAUGAGCCAAGAAGCAGUAGGGAUUUGCACAUGCGUUAAAACACUUAUACGAUUUCAUGGACUUUUGUAUAAUGAAAUGAUGGUUACCAAAUCACCAGUAUUGCUUCUUUCAAAAUAUCUACAAGUGUUUCGUGAUGUUUAUCAAAUGUACACAAUAAAUUUGGCUGGAGUUUAUGAAAUUGAAAAAGCUGCUUCUCCAUUUACUAUUUGUGGAAAUCGAUUACUUAUUCCACUGCAACAUCUUAUGCGAUAUCCAAUGCACUUAUCAAGAAUCUGUAAAUUGCUCCAAAAACACACUUGGUUGGAGAAAAAUUUAUAUUUAUUUGUGCAAACCUUAGAUGGGUUUAAACAGCUCUGUGUCUUCUUAGACGAAGAAAGAGGCCGUGAUGAAGGUAACCAUCUCCUAAAGGAUCUUUGCAAAGACCAAGGCGUAGCGCUUGAUAUUCCACGUCAUAUUCGAUUUAAAGGAAUGAUUGUUGUCGCUAAACCGUAUAUUUAUGACUUUGACGCUUGCGUCUUUUGCGACGAUGGUUUGAUCGUUUGGACAAAACUUAUAGACGGCAAAGAGAUGAUUUCCAUCUCUAUUGAACAAUGUAUGUAUGUGUCACAAUUAUCUUUUUCUGUAGUAAUUGUGACUCUAAGUUCUGAGGGACAGCUUUUCAAACGACAUUUAGCCUUGCAUACCUUGGCCUCAUCCAUUUUCCUCAAAUGGUAUCAACAGAGGAGCAAAAAGAAUAACCCGAAAUUAACUGCCUCCUGCUAAAACAUUAUUAACCAAUGAAACACAAACCAGGAACCUUUUUAUCCCGUAUUUCUUUAUUUCUUUCAUUUUUUUUGAAGUUUUUUUAUUAAAGUGAAAGUGAAAACUGACUGCUGCUAUAUUUACAGCUUUUGAAACUAUUUAUUAUCACUUAUUUGUUGGCUGUAUUACUACUUUUUUUUUUUUUUUCUUUCUCUUUUAUUCUCGCUUAAAAGAAUGAAACAUUUAACGACAAAAUUCCUAUAGAUUCAAACUACGUUAGUUACCUUCUUCACUCUCUUCUUUCUUCCUUUUUCUUUUUUAUGUUUCUUAAUUAUUGCUAGUCCAAUUUAAUAAAAAACUGUCGGUUUUCAUCAUUAACAUUUUGGUCUUUAAC